AUGUCAAGGAUAUCUAUAUCAACUGCUGAAUUUGCAAGUUUGAUGAAAAAGAUACCUCUUGUGAAAGAGGAACCGCUCGGCGUCGCCGUAUCCGGAGGAGUUGAUAGCAUGGCACUGUGUUACCUUUUGAGUCGAUAUUGUAGAGAUUAUAAACACAAAUUAACCGCAUUCAUAGUGGAUCAUAAACUCCGUCCCGAAAGUACUUGGGAGGCUUCCCAGGUCGCGGAAGUGUUGUCGAAAUUAGAUGUAGAUUCCAAGGUGUUGCAGAUACAAUGGAACACUCGAGAAGCAAGUAAAUUUUUGCCCUCUCAAACCCACGCCUUCCCAAGAACUUCCCAAAUGGAGUUAUUCGCUCGUCACCAUCUAAAUGAUCAGUUGGAAACCAUGGUGAUGAGAUUAGCUAGAGGUAGUGGUAUCGUAGGAUUAGCUUCUAUGGAGACGAAUAGCAAGUUCCCAGUACAAAGAACCAUUGGGGCAUUGAACAUGAAUGUUGUUAGGCCGAUGCUCAAAAUUCAUAAGAGUAGAAUAAUCGAAACAUGUAAGGCAGCGAAUGUUCAAUGGUUCGAAGAUUCUACGAACGAAUCGGAUCAGCACAAAAGAAAUGUUGUGAGGAUGACAUUAAAUACCAUUAACCAGCGAUAUCAUGGUGGACAGAAAGAAUAUGAACCUAUCUCCACCGAAGGAUUGCUCAGAUUCGUGAAUCAUAUGGAGCAUCAUAAAAGAUGUGUGAACUUUAAAGUACGCGAAAUAUUAUCCAGAUGCGUUCAAUUCAAUAGCGAGGUAGGAUUCUGUGUGCUCGAUUUACCGGAAUCCCUUCCACGAGAUCAUUGGUUUUGCCAAAAGCAUCUUGCAAUUAGGGUAAUUACUUCGUUGGUUCGUUGGGUCACAUGCGCGGAACAGCCUCCGAUAUUAGAGCCAAUCGCCCGUUGUUACCAGCAUAUGAUACAAUCACACACUGAACCGGAUCGUAAGAGUUAUUCGACUCAAGGGAUGCUUCUUUGUCCUGUCAUUGAAAAAAAGAAAAAGCAUGCUGAUCAUCGUCGUGUAUUCAAAAAAGGAUCAAAGCAAUCGUGGGCAUUUUAUCGACAACCUAUAAGCAAGUCGAAUGAUAAAUUAGUCACAAACAUCAUCAAAGAUUCAGAAAUCAUUUUAUGGGACAAACGAUUCUUCAUAGGUUUGGAAUUGAAUAAGGAUUUCAAACAUGAUGACAAUAACAAUAAAACUUAUAUAGUCAGAAGGUUUAAGGAAGCUGAUUUCCCAUUGGUCUCACGACGACUUCUCAAGAUCAAAAAUAGUUCAUCAGAUGAAUGGAGAAGAUACCAGCAUUAUAGAGUUCGCGUGCACGCAACGGCAAGGCACAACAUUCCUAUUGUGAUUAGGAAGGAUGAGGACACGGAAUCUUCCGGUCUUGAACUUUUGAUUUCACUCCCAACUUUGGGAAUCUCAUUGGCUCCCGAUAUCGCGAACGUUUGGUCGAAGUUUCGUGGGCAAAUAUCCGAAAUGACUUGA